UGUAAUAAGGAUCAAAAGUAUUUCGCCAUGUUCUCGGGGACUAUGCGUGUUAAGAUUUGCGAGGCCUGUGGUCUUAGGCCUACGGAUUUCCAAAAGAGACAUAAUAUGACUUUUGGAAAACCCGAUGAACAGCCCAUCGACCCGUACGUUUCAUUAGAUGUGGAUGAAAAUCAUUUAGAUCGUUCAACAACAAAGCCAAAAACUUUUGAUCCUGUUUGGAAUGAAUAUUUUGUGCAUGAAGUUCAUGGUGCUACAUGUUUGGGUCUUACAGUAUUUCAUGAUGCAUCUAUACCCCCCGAUGAUUUUGUUGCCAAUUGUACAAUUCCUUUUGAAGAC